GCCGUGUCAGUUGCCUUCUCUGUCAUUGUGGGUAGACACAAACUCAGUGUUGACAACCCCAACAUCACUCUGAACACGACCAGAGGGAAGAAGCUUGAAUAUAGCGGGCUAGCAGAGAGCAUAAAGCUUGACAACAAACCUGUGAAGAUCGACGAGAUUGAUAUUUCAACAGCCGGUAUGCCGGACUGGCUGUCCCUGGACAAGAAAACAUGGGAUAUCGAGGGAACACCAGGGAAAGGCGAUCAUUCAACCAACUUCACCAUCACACUCCGCGACUCAUACCAAGAUACACUCAACAUAUACGCCACUGUCAAUGUCUUCACUGCUCUAUUUCGCUCAACUUUUGACGGUAUCCAGGUCGAGGCUGGAAAAGAUGUCGAUCUUGAUUUGCGGCCCUAUUUCUGGGACCCUGAUGACAUUGACCUUCAGAUUUCAACCAAACCGAAGAAGGAUUGGCUAAAGCUUGAUGACUUUAACAUCACCGGGAAGAUCCCUGUAUCGGCUUCGGGAGAUCUAAAUAUUUCUGUGACAGCUUCGUCAAAGACUUUAGACGACACAGAGACCGAGGUUCUAAAUUUGAGCGUGAUACCGUUUGAGUCCACAUCCUCGUCGACAACUCAGUCUCGCACUUCAUCAACAUCUACGGGCACGUCUACUUCUGUCGCGCCCACCGGAACCUCUUCAGAGCCUGAUGUACAGUUGUCUGAUUCAGAUGGGAGUCUGACAACUGGUACCCUCCUCCUCGCGAUUCUUCUGCCUCUUCUGGUUGUCAUCUUUCUUUCGACGCUGCUCGUUUGCUGUCUCCUUCGCCGCCGCCGCAAACGACAAACAUACCUCUCGUCCAAGUUUCGCCAUAAGAUCUCCGGACCUGUGCUCGAGAGCCUUCGUGUCAACGGGGGCUCGACGGCAAUGCGAGAGGCCGACAAGGUCGAGAUCAUAGCAGCUGCAGGCAAACAACAACGCCGCCCGAUAAGGACGCCCCAUUCUGAGAUGGAUUCGGAAACGCUAGUCAUGGCAUCUCCAACAUUGGGGUUCAUGGCGACACCUCUUGUUCCUCCGAGAUUCGUCGCUGAGGAUUCCAACACCAGUGUAUCUCGGUCCCUCGGUACACCCAACAGUGAGGACGAAAGAAGAUCCUGGGUCACAGUUGGAACUGCAACUGCAGGGCGGCCAAGUCGUGACUCUUUGAGGAGCCAACGAUCGAACUCAACAUUAUCACAGUCAACUAGUCAACUGAUACCACCACCGGUGUUUUUAUCAGAUGCAAGACGAAGGUCUUUCAUGGGGGGCAACGACGCAGCUGACUCCUCGCUCAAUGGUCUCCCCAGUAUCCAAUCUCAAAGAGCAUUAUUCCAACAGGGCUCUGACUACUACACAAGCGGCAAUGAAAGCUCAUUAGCCUUCGCUUCCUCGCAUCUUUCCAGUCCAAGGCUCUUGACCAGGGUUCCAACACGAGCGCCAGAUGCUCAGCUCGGUUCUCACGCCUCAGUGGGUGAUGGUGAGGGCCCAUCAAUAGGAGCAACUCAGAGCCUGCCAGCAUUGAGACGACCGGAGCUAGUACGUCUGUCCACCCAGGAACUGCUUGGAGAGGAUGGUGGCCCCAGUAGCAGGCCAUGGUAUGAUUUGGAGGCACCGAGAGGACUUUUCAGUGAUCUUUCAUUUGGUUCCGGGGAGAACUGGCGAGUGUACGAAUCCCAGCGCGAUGGAACAGGCGCGUCAUAUCACCAGCUUGUGGAUGAGUCGCCUUUCCAUCCACUUCGACCAAGCACGGCGAUGAGUUCCAGCCGUGAUGGAGCACAGCCUGGAGAGCGGGCAAGCUCGGAACUGAUAUCCCCAAGCCAAUGGGGAGAUGCUCAGAACAGCAUCAGGGGAUCCUUGGCGUCUUUACGGCAAGGCUUGGGGCAUUCGAUGAGCAAGUUGUCUCGCUUGAGUGUCGAUCCGCUCAGUGUUCCUGGCAGCAGAAACUCGAAGCCAGCAGGAAACUCAUCGGUGAACUGGAGAAGAGAAGACUCGGGCAAGUCAGAAGGUGGCAGCUAUGCCUUUCUCUGAGUUGAAGGACAGUGAGUUGAAGUCCUGUAUUGAUGAUGUAUAUGUUGGAGCAUGAGAUACCCUGGCGCUUUGUAUUUGUUUUAGUAUAUUGAUGCUUUCUUUUCUUUUCUUUUCUUUUCUUUUCUUUU